AUGUCGACCCUACCAAAGAAACAACUCACCCUCUUCGUAACCUUCCACAUCAAACCCGACCUCAUCGAAGACUUCCUCUCCGCCCACCGCCCCGUCUGGGCCGCCUGCGCCCGCGAACCCCAAUGCCUCCUCUUUGACGUCUUCCGCGACCCCCAAACCCCGGGGAAAUUCCGCUUCAUAGAAGUCUGGGACGAGAGCCGCGAGUGGUUCGAGACGCAGCAGAUGACGAAACCGUAUUAUGAGACGUUGUGGGCCAAGUCGAAGCCGACGUGGGAGCGGGAGGUGGAGAUUGAGUAUUUUGAGCGCGAGGGGGAGGGGUGUGCGUUUCGGGAAGGGUAUCUUGGGUUGGGGAGGAAGAUGGAUUGA